AUGGCAGCAAUCCAGAUUUCUGAUGAAGCUCUGAAGGGCAUCCAAGAUAAAGUGGUUCUGAUCACGGGAGGCUCUUCCGGUAUUGGCAGGGCUACUGUAGAGCUAUGUCUUCAUCUCGGAGCCAAGGUGAUCAUUGGCGAUGUCAACUCGCCACAGCCCGUGUUCCCCGAAUCGGAAAACCUACGGUUCUUCAAGGUCGAUGUCUCAGAAUGGGAAAGCGUACGUAACUUAUUUAUUCAAGCUCACGCGUGCUUUAACCGGAUCGAUCAUGUAUUCGUCAACGCCGGGGUUGGUACCACGACGAACUUCUUGGAUGAAACACUGGAUGAGUCGGGCCAGUUGGCUGCUCCUGACAUGCGGACCAUGAAUGUCAAUCUCACGGGUGCUAUAUACACGCUCCGACUAGCUGUCCACUUCUUUAGAAAGGAAGAAAAUACUGCAGCAGCGAAAAGCAUCGUUCUCACGGCGUCGGCCACGUCUUUUCAGAACUUCAGUGCCGCCGACUAUGCAACAGCCAAGCACGGUGUAUUGGGCGUCCUGCGCGGCGUUGGGGGUCAGAUUGAUUCCAAUAUUCGGAUGAAUGCUGUCGCACCAUCCUGGACAGCGACUGGGAUGGUACCCACCGAGGCCAUCCGGUCCAUGGGGGUGCCAGUUCAGGAGCCGGAGGCAGUGGCUCGGAGCGUCGUGUUGCUCUUCGCUGAUCAGCAAAGAUACGGAGAGGUGAUCUAUAGCUGUGAUGGCAAGUUCAUAGAGGUCAACAAGGCAAAAGGUGGGCUCCUUGAUAGUGCACAGAGCCUCCUUAAGGGCGUUCUCACUGAAGAUCAAGUGGUGAUAAAUCUCAAAGCGGCGGCAGACGCUGCGAAAGCAGCAGUGGAAGCAGGACAGGCCUAA